AUGGAGAAACCUACCCCGGCCCUCUCCCCAUGCCCCUGCCCAACCCCUCCACGCCUCCAUACCCCUACGCCACCAUGCCUCUCUGCCCCUCCGUCCCCAUACCCCUGCCCCUCCGCCCCCAUUCCCCUGCCCCUCCGCUCCCUUACCCCUGCCCAACCCACGCCCCCAUGCCCCCAUACCCUCACCCCCAUCCCCUUACGCUCUUACGCCCCCACGCUGUGUCAGGGCAUGGGCAAGCUUCAGAAACGCGAAGGUAACAUCAACCCUCGCAUGAUCAUUUCACAAGCCAUUAGCCACUCCAUAAAGACCCGAGUGCCUAAGCAGCUGCGGAGAGUUACUUCAAAUUGCCCGCCGCUGAUGGUACCAAAGUUCAGCAUUUUUCCGGCAUUUGAACUCGUCUUAGUACCUCAUACCCUUACCAUUGAUGCCACCGUAUACCUAGAUCCUACUUGGACUGCCACCUCAUGCCCAGAUACCACUCCCACCACUUACCCAGAGGCCACCAGCCCUGCCCACUCGCACUACCACCACAUACCCAGAAGACACCAGCCGUGCCCACACCCAGCGCCCCCACAAAUGCCCAACAACCCCCCCUCCCCUCCCACACCCCCUCUGCCCCCGACGCAGAAAGUUUCCCACAAUCGCCAGCGCGUGAGUGACGGCGGCGUCUUCACAGCCUCGUAA